AUGGAGUAAAAUACAUUAGAUAUUGUUAAGACACCUGUUCCAUUCAUAACCUUGAAUGAUGGAAAUAAAAUGCCCUAAGUUGGACUAGGUACAUUUAAAGCUGAUGAAGGAGAUGAUAUCGUAGGACUGAUCAAAUCUGCAAUACUUGAACAUGGCUAUAGACAUAUUGAUACAGCUAAGGUUUAUUUUAACGAAGAGAAGAUAGGUUAAGCCCUUUAGGAAUGCAUACUUGAAGGAGUUAAGAGAGAUGAACUCUUUAUAGCUACAAAACUUUAUCAUGAUAAAGACAAGCAUAAUGUAGAGGAGGCUUGUAGAGAACAACUAAAGAGACUUUAGCUUGACUAUCUUGACCUCUACUUGGUACAUUGGAUGUCACCUUAUAUUGAUUGGGAUAAUUAAGAGAACUAUGUAUAGCCUACGCCUGCUCAUAAGGUCUGGGAAUAAAUGGAACAUCUUGUUGAAAUUGGUUUAGUAAAGAGUAUUGGAGUAUGCAAUUGCUCAUGCCAAAUGAUGCUAGAUAUCUUGACAUAUGCUAAAAUUAGGCCUGCUGUCAAUCAAAUUGAAUUGCACCCCUACUUUUCCUAAAGAGACUAUGUUGAUUUCAUUAGAAAUAAGUUUAAUAUUCAAGUCACAGCUUAUGCGCCUUUAAGUGCAGUUAACUGGACAUUCAAAAAACCAGAAUAUAAUGAACUUAACUUAUUUAAGGAACAAUUAAUUGUUGAUCUAGCUGGAAAGUACUCCAAAUCUGUUGCAUAGAUCGUCUUAAACUGGCAUGCAGUUCAUAGAAAGCAUUUGAUAAUACCAAAGACUGCUAAAAAAGAGAGGCUUGGAGAAAAUAUAAACAUAUUUGACUUUAAGCUAGAGUAAACUGAAUAUGAAGAGAUCGAUAAGCUUGAAAAAGGCGCUAGAUUUUAUGAUCCUUUAUAUUUCUCGUACGGUGUAUGGAGAAAUUGGCCCUAUUUUAGUUGA